GUAGUAACAUUAAAACAAAAGGGGUUGCACGAGGUUUGUGCAGUGCAUUCCCUUUUUCUCCAAAUAUCCUCUUAUAAAUAUAAAACUUUACCAUAUGGAAUCAUCAACCCUUAAUUAACUGACUGCCCAGCUUUUUACGUGCAAUUACUUCUUAGUGCUAGUGGAUUAUUCCAAAGGGAUCGCAUUGAUCCUGUGUGCCAAAUUAACCAACUGGUUCUCAUAGGAUCAUGCGAUCUCUUCGGAAUUCUCCAUAUUACCGGCUCUAAAUCUACAAACAAAUCUAGUAUCUAGUAUCAGUGAAUUCAAAACGAGUGUAAUUUACAUAGUUCGAGUUGAAAGCGAUGAAUUUAAUUGAAACUCCCACCGAGCAUGUACUCCAAUUGAGGAUGGAUUUGUCCACCAAGUCUAGAGUCCUGAUGGUUGUCAAGGUGCCCAAAAAGUUAAUCAAGUGGUGGGAAAUGUUUAACUAUGUUGAUCAGCAGAAACUGAUUGAAAUAUUAGGUGAUCUUACGGAACUUCUGCAUAUUAUCCCUCGUCCAGAUUUAAUAGAGGUUUUGUUGACCUUUUGGGAUCCAAGUAGUUUGGUGUUCAGGUUUGGGGAAUGUGAAAUGACUCCUACUUUGGCAGAAAUAUCCGGUUUGUUGCAUUUGCCCUAUAUCGAGAAGGAUAUGAUCCGAGCACAAAAUCAUACUGGCGUGAGAUUUUUGCAGUCUUGUGGUUUAAAAAGUAAGGGUAUGCGUUUGGUUUGUUUAAGUGAUUCGUGGGUUUCCUUAGAUUUUUUGUUCGCUAGAUUUGGGCCCUCGGAAGGUUUUGAUUGCUUUUGGGAUGAAUUUCAUAUGACUAAGGAGAAGUGGGAGAGAAAGCGUCUUAAAGUCUUCACCCUAGAUUUGUUAGGUACUUUAGUGUUUCCGCUAGAAGAAAGACGUAUUAAUACACGUUUGCAAUCUGUGGUGAUGGCUCUAUUUCAUAAGGAUCAAAAUGACAAGGGCAUUAAUCAAAAGGGCAGGUUCACUCUCAUACCCAUGAUCUUAACAGAAAUAUAUAAGGCUUUAAUCGAAGUGAAGGGGGGGUGAGAUUUUUUUAGGGCAGUAACAUGAUAUUGCAGUUAUGGAUGGUGGAGCAUUUGCAUGCGCCUUCUUUAGUUAGAGUAGAUGUGGUAGAUUGUUGUAUUCCCAAUCGAGUGAAAGCCAUGGACCUCAGGUUGCGUUUGGAUAAAUUCUCGCUACCCGUGGGAGUCGACGCUUGGAUUGAAUUUCUUGAUUCAAGAACCGGGGAUAACAUUUUGUGGACUUAUUUAUGGCUUCGACCAAAUAUAAUCCUGUUUGGUUGUCAAAUGCAGCUCCUUCUAGUUAUGUUAGGGCUUAAUUGCACUAGACCAUACAGUCCUUCUAGGGUAAUGCGCCUGUUGGGUAGGCCGCAGGAUGUGCCACCAGUAGUGGAUCUUCUAAAGGAUGUUGAGUACUUCAAGGACCAAGCCUUAGUUGAAAGAAAAUACAGCAGUUCUGGAAGCAUGCAACAAAGCUAGCUGUGGACACUCUCAAAGAAAGUUUGGAUAAUCCGGGGUACACUCAGGGAUAUGGGGUCUGGCUUCAAUCUGUCCCUCGGGGUAUCAGUCAACCCUUACCAACGCAGCUUAGAGGGAGAAUACAGGAAGAAUGCAUAGUUGACGACCAUCAGGAUGAAAGUGCGGGGUCUAAAGUGGAGACACUGAGAGUUUAGUUAGCAGAUUUGUUCAAGACGGUAGAGAGGUGUCAGAAUAAUCUUUCCAAGUGCACUCCUCAUGAGGCAGGAAUACGGGCCCAAAGCUUCUUCCCUAAUAUCAGGGUGUAUUUACAGGAUAUGCUACAAAGUUUGAAUGGGAGAAAGAGAACUUUACAGGCAGGUCCAUCUUAGCCAGGGUCAUCACGCAGAGCACCAGUCUGAAAGAGCAUUUCUUAUCUUUAUUCGGCUUGAGUCUUUUAUGUUUCUGUCAUUGUAGGGUGGCAUCAGUUUUAAGUCGGAGUCAAGUUGUUUUGGUAUUAGGAUCUUUAUCAGUAAUUUCACGCAUGUCGUCUUAGGGGACUAGAAUGUUAUUUUGUAUUUGUUGCUUAGUUUUUAAAGCGGUCCUAAAUUCGUUGCAUGUUUUGUUUCUUUCUUUCAUUAAAUGUUAUGAGGUUACGUCUUUCU